AUAUAAACUAAAAGGAAGGUGAAUCUCAGAGGCGUGUUUGGCUUUGGGGUUGGGGUUGCGAAUGAAGGAGUGAGAGCGAGUGCUGUAUAGAAUCCCAUAUUUGAUUAGGGAAAUUAAAACAGAAAACAGAACCCUUCGAAAACCCAAAACCCUGUUUGGCGUCGCGGCCAUGGAUUUCCAAGUGGUCGUUCUCGGCGGUGGCCUUUCCAAGAAGCUCCUCCCUCUCGUUUCUCAGGAGCUUCCGAACGCGUUGCUUCCGGUGGCGAAUCGCCCCGUUCUCUCCUACGUUCUCGAGUACUUGGAGCUUAGCAACCUCAAAGAUCUCAUUGUGGUGGUUGAAGGCGAAGAAGCGGUUCUUCAUGUUGGGGCUUGGAUUUCGGGGGCUUAUGCUGAUCGCCUCCACGUUGAGGUUGCUGCAGUUCCUGAGGAUGUGGGGACAGCGGGUGCAAUUCGGGCCAUUUCGCAUCACCUAACAGCUAAAGACAUUUUGGUUGUCAGUGGUGAUCUUGUUACCGAUGUUCCACUUGGUGCUGUUGCAGCUACUCAUAGACGGCAUGAUGCAGUUGUCACUGCUAUGCUUUGCUCUGCUCCUGUAAGUGGACCUUCGGAGUCAGUAUCCUCUGGUGGGAAAGACAAAAUCAAGAAACCUGGCCGUUAUGAUUUGAUAGGGCUGGACCCCACAAAACAGUUUUUAGUUCACAUAGCAACUGGAGCAGAAGUUGAAAAAGAUCUUCGAAUUCAGAAGAGCAUGCUCCCUGCAGUUGGCCAGAUAGAAAUAAGAGCUGAUCUAAUGGACGCCCACUUGUAUGCAUUCAAAAGAUCAGUUCUACAAGAAGUUCUAGAUCAGAAGAGUGCAUUUCAUAGCUUAAAGCAUGAUGUAUUGCCAUAUCUAGUCCGGAGCCAACUGAAAUCAGAAGUAUUAUUAAAUGGUAUGCCACAAGCAGAAGAAAACGGAACUGAAAAGGUUAUUUCUCAAAGCAAUCAACAAAUGCUAUCUCAAAUACUCGCUAAUGCAUCUGAACCAAUCUUUCAUCUACGAAAUGCACUGGGUCCUCAUGGUUCUACUUCUGAUCGAAGAACCCACAAAUGUUGUGUGUAUAUUGCUGGAAGCAGCAAGUACUGUGCUCGCUUAAAUUCUAUACAAGCAUACAGUGACAUAAACCGAGAUGUGACAGGAGAGGCUAGUCACUUAUCAGGGUAUUCCUUCUCUGCUCAAAACAACAUUAUCCAUCCUUCUGCAGAGCUUGGGGCAAAAACAACUGUUGGACCACAUUGUAUACUGGGGGAAGGUUCACAGAUGGGUGACAAAUGCAGCGUGAAACGAUCUGUCAUUGGCCGUCAUUGUCGGAUAGGUCCCAAUGUUAAGGUUGUCAAUUCAGUAGUUAUGAAUCAUGUUACUAUUGGAGAAUCUUGUUCAAUCCAAGGUUCUAUUAUCUGCAGCAAUGUACAGCUCCAAGAACGUGCCAUCCUAAAAGAUUGCCAAGUUGGAGCAGGUUUUGUGGUCACUGCUGGUAGUGAGUGCAAGGGGGAGGUCUUGGCUAAGAAAUGAAUCUGGAAUGUGAAAAUGGAGGCUGGGGAAAUACAUAGCAAAAUGACUUCUAUUCUGCUUGAUCAUUGCUUGGAGCAAAUUUUGUGCUUUUUGCUGUCAGCAGUUACAAUUUGGUGAUGUUAGCAGAAGGAGCAACGAAGAAAUUCUAAUACUUCCAAUUUAUAUGCAUGCCCUUUGCAGUUUCUUGCAAUUUGUUUGAAAAUGGCUGCAAUCGGUGUUGAAUAUUCAUUUGUGUAAAUGACUACCAAUUGCUUCCCUUUCAUCACAAUUUUCUGCCAUAUGUUACAAGGGACUUUCGGUUGGUAUCUUGCUGCUGUGCUAAAGCGGUAUAAUCCAGCGCCAUCAGUUUUGUAUUCGAGCAAAUGUAGUACUAUUGGCGUAUCUCGUUUGGGCUUUUUGUUUGAGAUCUAGUGAUAAUAAUGUUUACUUGAAUUUGAUGCUUGCUUUGUAAGUAAUUCGUUUAAGCUCACUUUUUUCCUCCCUAUUUUUGCGAGAGGGAGGGGUAGUUCUCAAAGCUUGGUAGCGUCAACCAGUUGAGCAUGUGAUGUGUGCGAGUGUUGCAAUUACAGAAAAUUGUCUCUAGAGAAUUGCGAGUCUCAUUGAAGCCAUUUUUACACACAUU